AUGUCGGGAACCACUAUUGAUGAUGUCGUCAAGCGACUAAGCACGGCAGACCUAGAUGCAAGACUUAAACAGGAGGCAGCGACCGCAUUGCGUGACAGUCUAGAUCACUACACCAGCGGACCGAUAUAUGCACCAUUUCUCAAGCGAUUGAUGCCAAUCUUCAUCAACAUCCUUCGCGGGCCAUGCAUUUUCCAAAGCAACUCGCAGGAGCAGAAACUGCGUCACUGUAUUUUGGAAGUUCUUCAUCGGCUGCCCACUUCCCCUACUCCAGUUGAACCGUUCGAACCUUACGCCGAAGAGGUUUGCGAUUUAUUAAUGCAACUGGUCCGCACCGACAAUGAGGAGAACGCCACACUGUGCGUUAAGAUCACGUCCGAUAUCAUGCGCCACCAACACAAGGUGCUGCAAGGCAAAGCGCAGCAGUUUUUGACUCUGAUACAAGAGCUUUUCGAGCAGAUGGAAAAAGUAGUGAGGGAGCAACUCGAUAAUGCGAGUUCGACAGCAACGUCACAACCUGGCGCGCCCUCAACACCAGGGGGCUCACAGACAAAUUUUCAAUCCCCUCGACCCGGCUCGCCGGUAGCGUCGGUUUCAGAUCUCGGCGCUGAUCCUCAGCAGCAGAAUCGGCCGUUGCUCAAGGGAAUGCAGUCGUUCAAAGUUCUUUCCGAAUGUCCCAUUAUCGUUGUUUCGAUAUUCCAGAUCUAUCGCAGCACUGUUCAGCAGAAUGUCAAGGCGUUCGUGCCGUUGAUCAAACGAGCCUUACUCACCGAGGCCAGUUCUCAAAAACAAGCUCACGCAGAGGCCGCAGCCAAGGGCCAAGUUCACACAGGUGUCAGUCAGGGUAUCAAGGCAGAACAACGAGCGGCCUACGGCGAUUUCAUUACUGCACAAGUCAAGAUCAUGAGCUUCCUUGCGUAUCUCUUGCGCCAAUAUUCACAGCAACUAGACGACUUCCUACCCACUCUGCCAGAUGUCGUGAUUGACGAACUCCUUGAUGAGCGAACGCUCACCGGCGAUGGCCUGACAGUCUACGAGACCAUGAGGCCAUUGGCAUACAGCAUGCUAGCUGAUCUCAUUCACCACGUUCGAGAUUCUUUGACCCCAGAGCAAAUUCGCAAAACCGUCGAAGUGUACACCCGAAACCUCCAGGAUAACUUCCCCGGCACUAGCUUUCAAACCAUGAGUGCAAAGCUUUUGCUCAACAUGGCCGAGUGCAUCGCCAAGCUUCCAAAUAAAGUCGACGCGAGGCACUACCUCAUGGUGAUCUUGAAUGCUAUUGGUGACAAGUUUGCUGCCAUGAACCGACAGUACCCGAAUGCGGUGAAGUUGUCGAAACAAUAUCUGGCAGAGGCAGGUAUCCAGGAGACGUAUCUUGCCGACAAGGAGACGCGACCAGACUGGGAUGAGACUGACAUAUUCUCCGCCGUGCCCAUCAAGAUAUCUAACCCUAGAGAUCGAGGCGCAGAUCCCGUGGUUGACAACAAGUUCCUUUUCCGGAACUUGAUGAAUGGUCUGAAAAAUACAUUCUACCAGCUAAGAACAUGCAAUAUCGGCACACCCAUUGAUCCUCAGAAUGCGCCGCCGCACUGGACGGAAGUUUCUUACGGGUUCACUGCGGAGGAGGUCAAAGUUAUCAUUAAGCUAUUCAGGGAGGGCGCAUACGUCUUCCGCUAUUACGAGAUUGAAAAACCGGCCACCGAGUCUCAAUAUGCGUCUCCGGUCGAGUACAUGGCAAACUUUUACAUGGUGUCGAGUACCAAGGAAGAAAAGGAUCUGCUUGAAACCUUUGCAACAGUCUUCCACUGCAUCGACCCCGCUACAUUUCACGAAGUAUUCCAGCAAGAAAUUCCACGACUUUAUGAUAUGAUCUUUGAGCAUACCGGACUGUUACAUAUACCCCAGUUUUUCCUAGCCAGUGAGGCGACUUCGCCUAGUUUUUGUGGUAUGCUGCUCCAGUUUCUUAUGGACCGAAUCGACGAAGUGGGUUCAGCAGAUGUCAAAAAGUCGUCGAUAUUGUUGCGGCUUUUCAAGCUGGCAUUCAUGGCUGUGACCCUUUUUUCUCAGCAAAAUGAGCAGGUCCUUUUGCCACACGUGGUCAACAUCGUCACCAAGUCCAUCGAGUUGUCGACAAAGGCAGAGGAGCCAAUGAAUUACUUCCUCUUACUGAGGUCUCUCUUCCGUAGUAUCGGCGGAGGCAAGUUUGAGCAGUUGUACAAGCAGAUUUUGCCCUUACUAGAAAUGCUCCUGGACGUUCUCAACAAUUUGCUCAUGGCUGCUCGCAAGCCAUCCGAGCGAGAUCUGUACGUGGAAUUGUGCUUGACUGUUCCUGCACGUCUCAGCCACCUGUUACCACAUCUGAGUUUCCUGAUGCGACCUCUGGUUGUUGCUCUGAGGGCCGGCACGGACCUUGUUGGCCAGGGCCUUCGGACACUCGAGCUAUGUGUCGAUAACUUGACCGCAGACUAUCUUGAUCCCAUCAUGGCUCCGGUCAUUGAUGAGCUCAUGACGGCGCUCUUCAAUCACCUCCGCCCUCACCCCUACAGCCAUUUCCACGCUCACACCACUAUGAGGAUUUUGGGCAAACUAGGUGGUAGGAAUCGCAAGUUCAUGACUGGGGCGGUUCCACUUACGUACAGAGGUUACGCCGACGACCCAUUUAGCUUUGACGUGCGACUCAUUGGGUCUAAAAAGGAUAGGGCGUUUCCGGCUGAUCUGGGUAUUGACGGCGCCAUCCAGAAGUUAAUGGAGGCUCCAAGAAUGGGGAAGAAUAGCCAGAACCUUCGCGUCUACGAUGAAUAUUAUAAGAAAAAGGCACUUCACCUGAUCAUGUCACAAGUCAAACUCCGAAUUGGCUAUGAUCAACUUCCAGACGACCUUCCUCGAAUCGUUCGCCUACAGGCACAGGACUUCUUGGCUCGAAGGAUAGAGAUUCAUUUUGCUCCAUUCGAAGUCACGAACCGCGAGAAAUCCAUCCCAAAGAAGGACGAGCAAGACAAGAUCACAAAACAACUCCUCAAGGCUGUCAUGUUUGCUCACUCUCUCCCUAGAUUUAGGGAUGAGGCGGAUGUAUUUCUCAUGGAUCUGUGCCGACACUUUGCUCUCAUCGAAGUAGGUCGGUCCUUGGUGGACCUGAAGAGAAACUUUAGCCCCUUUGAUCCCAAGGCCGGAGAAGGUCCCCUCUGUAUCGAUACGAGGGUCCUAUCAGACGCAAUCGUCGAGUCCUUGGCUUCUGAUCACCCCGAUGUCCGAGAAGCCGCAAAGAAGGCUAUCCGCGAGUUGUACAAGAGUACUGGAAUCAUCUUUGGAUCUGAGAGCAAUGUUGGCCGACUACCCCUGUUUACUCACCUUUCCGGCACGUUCUGCCAUAGUUGCUACGAGGAAGAGUGGUUCACAAAGACGGGUGGCAGUCUGGGCAUCAACUUCCUGCUUACAGAGCUUGACCUUGGCGACCCGUGGGUGGCGUCGAAGCAAAUUGAAUUUAUUCGAGCUCUCUUGUAUGUGAUCAAAGACAUGCCACAGGAUCUGCCCGAAAAAACGAGGUGUCUUGCCGAGACAAGCCUGGAGGUGUUGUUAAAGCGAAUUACCAAGAACAUCAAGAAGGAGGAUGCCCUUCCAAUCCAAGCCCAGCCGGGACAGCCUCCUGUGAAGCAGUCCAGACUGACUCAGAUUUGUAUGUUGUUCAACAAUGAGCUGUCCCACAUGAACAAGUUUGUUCGCGAAACCGCCAAGAAUUCGCUGGAAUUGAUUGCCAAAGCUGCUGGGUGCGAAGUUUGGGAACUGCUCGAACCUUACAAGGAGCGGUUUUUGCAACCGAUAUACUCUAAGCCGCUGCGAGCACUGCCUUUCAGCAUUCAGAUUGGAUAUAUCAACGCAAUGACAUAUCACAUGAGCCUCAAGAACGACUGGGUCAAGUUUGACGACAACCUCACUCGUCUACUACUGGAGUCUCUUGCACUGGCUGAUGCAAAUGACGAUUCCCUGGCAAACAAGCCUGCCGAGUAUCGCACCCACGAUCACAUUGUAAGCCUGCGUGUAUCUUGCAUCAAGCUGCUGAGCACGGCAAUGACGUUUGAAGAAUUUGCAAAUCAUCCUGUCAAAGGGAAGAUUCUUGCCGUCUUCUUCAAAUGCCUAUACUCGGAGUCAAAACCGACAAUUGCCGCCGCAAAUGACGCUUUGAAAUCCGUACUGGCUGUUGACAGGCGUCUACCGAAGGAUCUGCUGCAGGGCGGGCUACGACCGGUCCUACAAAGUCUAUCUGAUCCCAAGCGACUCAGCGUUCGUGGAUUAGACAAUCUCUCCAGGCUACUGAAGUUGCUCACCAGCUAUUUCAAGGUCGAGAUAGGGGCUCGACUGCUGGACCAGAUCGACUCAAUUGUCGAGCCCAAUGCAUGGCAGCAGAUUUCUUUUACAUUCUUCGAGCAGCAUGAACAGAUGAAGGUCAUCUCCGCUAUUCUCAACAUAUUCCAUCUGCUGCCAGCUCCUGCCGAAGCAUUCAAGGAGCGGUUAAUUGAUUGCUUUCUUGGACUUGAGGGGAAGCUACGUCGAACAAUCCAAAGUCCGUUCCGCAAGCCCAUGUAUUUGUACCUCAACAGGUAUCCCAAGGAGGUUUGGACAUUUUUGCUGGGCAGGCUGGAUGAGCUCAGAUAUGGAAGACUCCUUGCUCAGGUGCUUAGGCACCCAGAGAGUGGCGCUUUGCGGGACGCAGCAAUAGAGGGCUUUGCUGCCUUGGUGACAAAGUGCAAUGAGCUGGCGGGCCAAGGGACUGAGAAGAAGUUCAUUGGCAUUGUAAAUGCCGUCCAUAUUCUGGACUCUAUCAGCUAUUUUGAACACACCAACUCAUGGAUGGACAAGAAAGAACACACGGCAUGGAUGAAAAGCAUGGGCAAAGAGCUAGAGAGCCACAUUCGCAACUAUACCCUCCCCGCAAUCCUCCGACUACCUGCGUUACAAGCCGCGGAGCAGUUGAUGAGCGUCCUGGUCAAAUCGCUGGAGAGAAUUCCCAAGGAUCUCGAUGCCUUAUUCAGCCUCGUCGAGUCGGUUACAAGCAACGAGCUUCGGCCCACACACUGCCUGUUCGCUUUCAUUUAUGAGAAGAUCCUCCUGAGCGAAUCUAUCGAGUUUUGGAAGUCAGCAUUCCUGCGCUGCUUGGACAUGUAUUCGGGCCGGUCUGCCUCGAACAAGACGAAACAAUUUUUACUUCACUACGUCGCUAAUCCGAUUGUCGCCAUGGAUGUCAUGCGACAUUGGAAUCAGCCGGACCAGACGAAAGGGCAGAGAUUUAUGGAUCGACAGGUCAUCGACGCCAUCAGCAGCAAAAUCUGGAAGGUCCAUCCCGACAUGUCGCCUGAUGAUCAAUCACAACCUGGGGUUGACCACGCGCGCUUCGAGGUGUUGCAGCUGUCUGCAAUGCUUGUCAAGUACUACCACACGGCGCUUCAAGAGGCGAGAAAGGAUAUUAUUAAAUUUGGAUGGACCUUUAUCCGCCUUGAUGAUGUUAUCAAUAAACACGCAGCAUACGUGGUGAUUGGUUACUUUAUUGUCCAUUGGGACACGCCCCAAAAGAUCGUCAGUCAGGUCUAUUUGUCGCUGCUCAAGGUAAAUCAGCACGAAGGACGGGCUUUGGUCACGCAGGCAUUGGAACUCAUUGGCCCCGUGCUUCCAAAGCGGUGCGGAGGAGGUCCUAAUGAGCGCAACGCUGCCUGGGCAGUCGCGCCGCGUCGCAUUCUGGCCGAUGAGGGUCAAAAUGUUCAGCAAAUGAUGAGCAUCUUCCACUUCUUGGUCAGACACCCAGACCUGUUUUACGACGCUCGGGACAAGUAUGCUGUUGUACUCAUCAGUUCCCUCAGAAAGGUAGCUGCACCUCCAAACUCCUCGCACGAGAGCAAGAAGCUUGCGUUGAACAUGAUGUGGUUGAUUUGGCGAUGGGAACAGUGGCGCGUUGAAGGCAGAACUGGCGCACCUUCUGUUGGCCGAGAUGUGUCUGAAUCGCCAACUUCUAAGAAGAGGAAGUUCGACAGCGACUUGCCAAUGACCUCCCCGCCUACAGCCAGACAGAAUGCACCGGGAGGAGAGCGAAAUGAGUACCAGAUUCCGCAAAUCGUCCGACAAAAGAUGAUCAAAUAUCUUGUUGAGUUCAUUGCACAGCUCAAUGAACGAUAUCAGCUGCCCUCAGUGAAGCCUCGCGAACAUAACACCCCCUCUAUGCCUCUUCCCCCUCAAAAUGCGGAACUUUGCAAAAAGGCAAUGAGUUUGUUGUACAAUUUGGUGCAGCCUCAAUAUUGGGGCGAUUUGGAGCUCGACCUGUUCCCCAAUGUCACUGAUGUCAUCCUUGCCAGCGACAAGACUCAGGCAAUCCUCAAUACCGACCCAACCGACAAGGAGAAGUACGAUGAGAAGUUCCUGACAAAUAUUAUUAACACGUUACAAGUUGUGCGCAUUGUUCUUAAUUUCAAAUCGGAUGAUUGGGUGCAAAAGAAUAUCGCCGCAGUGCAGAAAGUGCUGGAAAAGUGCUUGAAGUGCGAGAACCCAGAGAUCCAGGACUGCUUGCAUCUUGCAGACAAGGAAUACGACGAUGGCCGCGACCUCAAGUCUAUUAUUAAGCGGGUUCUCGAUGCUGUUCCCGAGGACACUCCCAUGGAAGACGCGGAUGCAGAUGGCGAACCUGAGGUCCAAACCUCGGAGAUUAUUUCCUACCUGUCACAGGCGGCCACUGAGGCUAUGAAUGGGGGCUCAUAUGUCUCCGGCGUCAACUUGCUGUGGUCGAUCGGGAAUCGCAAACCAGCCGUCAUUGAUCAGCACAUUUCGUCAUUAAUGAAGGCGCUACAAGGCAAGCAUGCCCGGGAUCACGUCCAGCAUUACAAUGCUGCGGCCAGCCAGGCCGUCAACCAGGGUAAUCGUGGCCAGGACGGGACUGCCCAGUCUGGGGAGAUGUCUGCCUACGAUUUAGAAAUCCAGACCAAGCUCAUGAUCAAGGAAAUCCAAACUGUGGCCUUGAGAAUGGAGACACUCGGCGACAUCAGGCGACCUUUUCUCAGCGUACUUGCCUCACUCGUGGAGAAGUCGAUGCAUAUUGACCUUUGCACGGAGAUUUUGAACAUGGUGGAGGGAUGGGUGUUCCGUUCCGAGGGGACCUGGCCUACUCUCAAGGAGAAAACUGCUGUUCUCCACAAGAUGCUCUCAUUUGAACACAGGAGUGAUCCCACCAUGCUCUCCAAGUUCUUGGACCUUGUCAUUCGUAUAUAUGAAGACCCUAAAGUUACCCGCACAGAGCUGACGGUUCGAAUGGAACAUGCCUUCCUUAUUGGCACCCGUGCGGCCGACGUCGAAAUGCGCAAUCGCUUCAUGUCCAUCUUCGACAAGAGCUUGUCAAAGACUGCCAGUGUUCGCCUGUCCUACGUCUUGACCUCGCAAAACUGGGACACCCUCUCGGAUUCCUACUGGUUGGCUCAGGCCUCCCAGCUUCUGCUUGGCGCGGUCGAGCUGAAUACCAACAUACAACUUGACCAGGACGAUUUCAGGCUUAUAUCGGCAUCGCAGCUUGCUGCCUUGUAUCCGAAAGAGGCGGACAUCAGAGAACCAAAUAUGAUGCCGGACGACAAGUUUGAAGCUUUCAUGACAAACCACCGGCGUUUCGUGUCUGAGCUGGGCGAUGUCAAAGUUCGAGACGUCGUGGAGCCACUGAUGCAACUUCAGCAUGUCGAUAACCAGCUCGCGCACCAGCUCUGGGUCACCAUCUUCCCCAUGUAUUGGUCCGCAACCUUGCGGGACGAGCGCCCCGAUUUGGAGCGUGGCAUGGUGGCUCUACUUACCAAGGACUACCACAGCCGACAAAUCGACAAGCGCCCCAACGUUGUUCAGUCGCUGGUUGAAGGUGCUGCCAAGACAUGGCCGGAUUGCAAACUGCCACCCCAUGUCUUGAAAUUUGAGGCCAAGACGUACGAUGCCUGGUAUACCGCGCUGGUGCAACUUGAAAAUGCUGCCCUCCAGCCGGAAGUCGAGUCUGCUACUGUCCGAGAAAGUAACCUCGACGCAUUGGUCGACCUGUACGCCUCGUUGCAAGAAGAUGACUUGUUCUACGGCACGUGGCGUCGACGUUGCCAAUUCGUCGAGACCAAUGCCGGUCUUUCCUACGAGCAAAACGGCAUGUGGGACAAGGCGCAGAAACUAUACGAAAAUGCCCAGAUCAAGGCUCGCACUGGCGUUAUUCCAUUCUCUCAGGCAGAGUACAUGCUCUGGGAGGAUCACUGGGUUCUUUGCGCGCAGAAGCUGCAACAGUGGGAGAUACUGCAAGACUUUGCCAAGCACGAGAACUUUCAAGAUUUGUUGCUGGAGUGCGCCUGGCGAAACACGGAGAUGUGGCAGGAUGCCCAGCAUCGCGAGGCUUUGGACAACGUCAUCAAGGGCGUCAUGGAUGCUCCCACCCCCCGACGAGCCUUUUUCCAGGCGUUCAUGUCUCUGCUCAAGGUUCAUAACCGCCAAGAGAACGGCAAUGAAUUUCUGAGACUCUGUGACGAGGCGAUCCAGCUGUCCAUUCGCAAGUGGCAUCAACUGCCAGAGCGAUUGACAAGUGCUCAUGUUCCGUUGCUGCAAAACUUCCAGCAGCUAAUUGAGCUCCACGAUGCUAAUGUCAUUUGCCAAUCCCUGGCGAACACAAACUCCUCCAACCUGGAUGCCAAGUCCGCAGAGCUCAAGCUGCUUCUCGGUGCUUGGCGUGAGCGAUUACCCAAUGUCUGGGACGACAUUACAGCCUGGCAGGAUCUGGUCACUUGGCGGCAACACAUCUUCAGUCUGAUCAACCAGACGUACUUGCAACUUCUUCCUCAACAGGGUCAGCAGAACGCCGGUGGCGCGUCCUCGUUUGCAUACCGAGGGUAUCACGAGACGGCCUGGAUUAUUAACCGAUUUGCCCACGUUGCCCGCAAGCACAGUCUUCCCGAAGUUUGCAUCAGUCAGCUGAGCCGCAUUUACACGCUGCCAAACAUUGAAAUCCAAGAAGCCUUCCUUAAGCUCAGGGAACAGGCCAAAUGCCAUUAUGAGAAUCCCGAAGAGCUCUCGAGUGGUCUGGACGUCAUUAACAAUACCAACUUGAACUACUUCAACCCUCAACAAAAGGCUGAAUUCUACACGCUCAAGGGAAUGUUCCUGGAGAAACUCAACCAAAAGGAUGAAGCCGACAACGCGUACGGGACAGCACUCUACUAUGACAUUGGUGCACCAAAGGCUUGGGCGGAAUGGGGCUAUUUCAAUGACAGGAAGUUCAAAGAAGAUCCCACAGAUUUGAAUGCGGCUCGGCAAGCACUCACAUCGUAUCUUCAAGCAGCUGGAAGUUACAAAAAUGCCAAGUCACGCAAGCUUCUUGCUCGCAUUCUCUGGCUCCUCAGCUUGGAUGAUGCAAAGGGCACAAUUGCCAUGGGCUUUGACGACUUCAAGGGCGAGACGCCUGUGUGGUAUUGGAUUACCUUUAUUCCGCAGCUUCUAACUGGGCUAGGCCACAAAGAAGCACCGCGAGUUUACCAGAUUCUCCUCAGCAUCGCCAAGUCGUACCCUCAGGCUCUGUAUUUCCAACUCCGAACUAACCGUGAGGACAUGAACCUCAUUAAAAAGAACCAGGAGGCCAAGGAGCGAGCCCGUCAACACCGCGCCCAGCCCAUCGCCUCCCAUGGCAAACCAAGCCCGUCCCCAUCGCAAGCCAAGGCUGAGCCGUCCAAAACGCCAGAUGGGGGCGCAUCGCGACCAGGCACUGCUACAGAAGAAGCCGGCAGCCAAGUGAAGACUGAAGGUGGUGACGCCGCGGCGACGAAUGCACCUACGCCCACUCCAGCUGCUAGCGGACAGAAGCACGAGCAGCAAUCAUCUGCCCCAAACCCGAAUCAGAAGAAGAUGCCUUGGGAACUCACCGAGGAAAUAAUGUCGGUCCUUAAGACGGCCUUCCCCCUACUUGCCCUGUCGAUGGAGACCAUGGUGGAUCAGAUUCAGAAGCACUUCAAGUGCCCACCAGACGAGGACGCGUACCGACUAAUUGUGGCCCUACUCAACGACGCGUUGACCUACGUCAGCCGCACGCCUGCUUCGUUUGCCAAGAGUGUGAAGCUCCCCUCGGCGACUGAGACUAACAUUACAAGGUUUGCCGAGACGAUACUUCCGAACCACAUCAAGAAAUCGUUUGAAGCGGACUUUGUGGAUGUGAAGCCAACCAUGUACGAAUACAUUCACAAACUACGUCGCUGGCGCACCAAGUUCGAAGAGAAGCUGGAUCGCCGCGUUUGCCAUGCGCACCUCGAGGCCUACUCACCGCAUCUCAGCGAAUUCAGGUAUCAAAAGUUUGAUGAGGUGGAAGUUCCUGGCCAAUACCUACAACACAAGGAUAAGAAUCAAGAUUUCAUCCGCAUAGAGAGGUUCCUGCCAAACGUGGAUCUGGUCCGUUCAUACAGCACCUCAUAUCGCCGUCUCAAGAUGCGCGGUCACGACGGCAGCGUCCACUCCUGGGCCGUACAACACCCGGCUGCGCGUCAUUGCAGGCGUGAAGAAAGAAUCUUGCAGCUAUUCAGACACCUCAACCAGACACUGAGUCGGAAGAAGGAGAGCCGCCGCCGAGACCUGCAGUUUACUCUACCUCUGAUGGUUCCUCUUGCGCCGCAUAUAAGAAUCGUCCAGGAGGACACCUCGUACGUCACGUUGCAGGCAGUCUACGAGGAUCACUGUCGGCGGGUGGGCUUUUCCAAGGACGAGCCCGUCUUGUUCACGCUUGACAAGUUGCGCGGGGUGCUCGAAAGCAAGAGCCAGCAGGGGAAGCCCGAACUCACGCCACCAGCAAGACUGGAAGUGUUCAACGCCGUCCAGGAGAAGUGGGUGCCAUCGUCGGUCGCGCUCGACUACUUCCAGCAGGUGUUCCCGCAGUUUGCAGAGUUUUGGCUCUUCCGAAGACAGUUCUCUUACCAACUUGCGGCCUUGACGUUUAUGACGUAUAUUCUGUACAUGCACAACCGAUACCCGGCAAAGCUUAACAUUGCACGGGGCUCGGGCAGAAUCUGGGGGUCGGAGCUUAUGUCGUUUAUGAGCGCAUCGAAGCCAUUCUUCCACAACCCGGAGCCCGUCCCGUUCCGACUGACACCCAACUUGCAGGUGCUUAUGGGCCCGUUGGCCACUGAGGGCAUCUAUGCCUGCUCCCUGAUGGCGAUUGCUCGUUGUCUCACGGAGCCGGAGCAUGAACUGGAACACGCACUCACGUUGUUUGUACGAGACGAGAUGAUAUUCUGGCUCACCAGCAGCCACAGAAACGGCAUAAGCGAGAGCCAGCUGCGCGAGUCUGUGCAAGUCAACAGCGACUCGAUUGUCAAGCGCGCGGCGAGCUUGGCGCACAACCCGGCGGGCAACCUGCCAGCGAACCAGACGGUGAUUGAUGCGAUUGCCAAGGCUGUGAACCCUAUGAAUCUGGCGCAAUGCGAUGCGUUAUGGAUGCCGUAUCUGUAG